AUGCUGGAUUCGCCCUGGCCACCAACAAGCGAAUGGCAGAAACUGCAAAAUACGUCGAAGCUACUUGUGGAGACCAAAGCGAUGAGCGUGGUCGACUGCUUCAAUCCGCCGGAUGAGAAUGCCCACGUUAUGAUCUCGAACAGGCCAGAGAUUGAACUGCCGUUGGACAUGAACCCUCAGUUACAUGGCUUGCGAGUGAUCAGUUGUGAGCCGAUAUUACUGGAUUCCCUGCCAAUCAACGAGCAGGAUCCCGAGAUGCUGGUAUGGCUUGCCCGUGGAGUGACUGUGCUUGUCUGCCUCGGAACACUCGUCUCAUACUCAGAGGAUGCCGCAAAGGAGAUGGUGCUGGCGCUGCGCACGAUGUUAUCACGUGUCUUUAUAGCCUGGGGUUCUGAGCAGUGGUUACAAGUUCUUUGGAAGCUGCCUAAGCCGAAAGAAGAGCAAGAUGGUGCUACCACACAAUCCGAGGUCUACACAAUUCUCCAACGCGAAAUUGAAGCAGACCAAGUCAGGGUUGUGGAUUGGCUGGCGGUGGACCCCCUCAAAACCGGCCGCGUUGUUCUCAGUGUCAACCACGGAGGAUCAAGUUCGUUUCACGAAGCACUGUGUGCUGGUGUGCCGCAGGUGGUGUUACCGCCGUGGGCCGACUGCUACGACUUUGCAAACCGGGCAGAGUAUCUCGGCAUCGGUCGCUGGGGAAACAAAUCGGCAAAGCCUCGAUGGAAAGCCGAUGAGCUAAGCUCUAUACUCGUUGAUGCCUUGCUCGGCCCGGACGCCGAGGCGAUGAAGAGUAAAUCGAGGAAUUUGCCUAAAUGUUGCUCAGCUGAUGGCGAGGGUCGGGUCAUUGCUGCAAGGUCUAUUCUUGCUGCGAUUCAGGAGGGAAACCAUAUCUAA